AUGAAUCCUCCCCCGCUAGCUCAGACCUGGAAAUAUUUUCACAAGGCACCGUUUGCUGACAUCCUUCAAUCACAGUUUCAGCAUAAUAGAACUUGUUCAUCAUAUGGAUCUCCUCUAAAGUACUGUGUCGUGCCACGGCUAAAAUAUCCACCAUGGACCGUUUCUUGCAUCUCCCUUUACGCCUCCUACAUUUAUCUUUCACUGCUUUGGAUGGAGGCAGUAGUGGACUUCUAUUAUGAGCAUGAGUUGAACUUGGGAGGCUACAUGUGUAUGCUGGGUGAGAUAAAUUGGCAGAAAUAUGACUGCAGUUAUGCUGAUUUCCCUCUUCAUGUGAUGAAGGGUGGUUGCUGA